AUGACCAGAUCUGGUCCAGAUACAACCACUUCGCUGGAAGAUGGUGUCAGCGGUGUACAACUGAAGAACUUGCCUAAUUUGACAGAGGUUCCAAAAGAUAAUCUUGAAGACCCUUUGAAGAAGAUUCUUGAGAAAGCAAUAGCCGUUCAGCUAAAAACUAUCAAAGAUGAUGUCCCUGUCUCGCAGCUGGCGUUUGAAAAUCUCGUUCUUCUCGUGGAAGAAGCCCUCACUGGGAUGCUAGUCAAUUUGCAUAAGAUCGCAAACAUUCAAAGACGACAUUGUAUAUCUAAAAAAGACCUACUUCUGGUAAUUGACGGUUACAAGCUGACAUGUGCGGAUCUCAUGGUGGAAUGCGAAAGGUCUCGAUUUGUACGGUCGCUGUGUCCGAACAAGGUCCAGAAAGUUGCACAAGAAGGUACUGAAAUUCUACAAAAAGAGAAAACACCAGCGCCAAAGGAAGAGCUACUACGAUCUUCACAUCCCGAGUUUUUCGACAAAGGUACGGGGAUUUUGAAACUGGUACCGCCAUCUGUGAAGGAUGUCAGGCAUGUACCUAAAUGGCUGCCCGAGUUUCCACCAGAUCACACGUAUAGAUUCACUCCAUUGUACAACAAACCUAUAACAGAUGAAAGGCAAAUGAAACGAAAACUAGCCGAAGAGUCCGAUCUUGCUGAGAAGGCGUUGAUAAAUUUUUCCCGUCUCACGAAUGAAGAGUCGCAUUUGCGUGUUGUGGACAACAGCGAGAUGUUUCAAGAGAGCCAAGAGGAGACGCAGCUCAUCUUCAAACCAGCCAAAAAAUUGCGGACUUCAAGCGUUAAUAAGGUGAAUGAUCUACUCAGGACACUGCCGCAAGACCACUACAAUGUUGAGGAGUACGCUCGUAGCAGAGUUGAGAUCACCAGACGACGCGUCAGGGACCAUGAAAGGCACCAACUACAGAUUCAGAAAGGACCUUUCAUUAGAGCAUCGCACCUGCUUUCUCCCUUUUCAAAAGAGCGAGUAAAUUGCAAAGUUGCAGAGAAAGAAGUACAGUCGCUCUUGCACCGUAGCUAUAUCGGUUUACUGAAAAUGGCACCACUUGUGAAAGAGCAAAGAGCGAAGGAAGUCGCGUUAGCUGAAGAAAACAGACGCCAGAAGGAAGAGGCUCUGAGGAAAGAACGUGAGGAGAGGAACAAAAUGUCAAAAGAAUUUGACGAGCUGGACUUGAACAAUUUGAACGAGGACCCUUUCUUUGGUGGUCUGGGAAGUAGCGAUAGCGAAGUUGAGCCUGAAGAACAACCAAUAGAUGGACCUGCUUCUACCCAGGCUUUGGAAAAACCCGAAAACGAAACAUUCGACCCAACUGGAGACAAGACCGAAACGGACGGUGAGAAACAGAAGGAAAGUGAGAACACUAUGGCACCCAAAAAUACCUCUGAUGUGACAACAGACCUCAGCCCAGUCCGUGCAGAACACGAAAAUGCAUUCCCUGGGAGCAAGUCUGACGGGGAGGAUAAACAGACUCAAGAUACAACUGACAUUAAAAAGGAAGCGGCACCAUUCGCCGAAAACGAGAAGUCUAGGACGGACGACAUUGUUCUGUAA